AUGGAAUCACCCAAGACCAAAGUAUUCGACUGUUACGCAACGCUGGAGGUCAGCCCGUAUGCGGACACGAAGACCAUCCAGAAAGCCUACCAUCGACUCGCUCUCGAGAGGCACCCUGACAAGAAUGGCAACAGCGCAGAAGCAACCGCAAUGUUCCAGAAGCUUGGGAACGCAUACGAACUCUUGAUCGACUCGUCCCGUCGCAAGGAGUACGAUUUCAGCACCGAGCAGGAGUACCUCCGGACGCAGGAAAAAAUGAUUGAGGUACAAAAGGCGUUGAGAAACAAGCCUCAUGGUGUGGCAGCGGCAGACCCAAAGUUUUUGGCCAACCACGAAACCUGGACUCGACUCGCUCAAACCAUGGCUGGUUUAGUGCGGGAGCUCAAAACCAUUCCGGAUGGGCGUGGUCUGAACAUCGACUGGGAAAAGCGUGAGCAACAACACCAGAGAGAAUUUUAUGAACUGCGCCAAAGUUAUCAAACCCUCCAGAGUCUUCUCGAGUUCAGGUUCAAUCAAAUUCAGGAUCUGAAGAGUGAGCUUGUGCAGGAGAGAAAGAAGAACCUUCACAACAAGCUCACGGCCUACAUUCAUGUUGAUCGGUUACGAAGGGCUCUCGGCACUCUGGACGACGAACUCAAGUCUUUCCGCGAUUUCGCCUCUCUGAGUCUGAGCGCUACCGAUGAAUCUAUCAAGGUAAAGCAUGCCUACGCCAAGUGCAGGAAAGUGAUUUAG